CUAAACUUUUUAUAUACCCUUAAUCUCUAUUUCAUUUUUCAUUUUGAUCUGCUGGUUUGGCUGUUCAUUUGUUUAUUUUUGUUUCAAAGGGUCACUGCGUCGUUAAAGGUUGUAACAAUGGCUUUCUUAAGUAAAUUUGGGAAUAUACUUAGGCAGACCACAAGUAUGCAGAUCAAUGUCCAGUUAUCUGCAUCAAGACCUGGCCUCUUUCAAGUGUUUAGAUGCAUGUCAACCUCGCCAAGCUCAAAUCUUUUUGUGGGAGGUAUUUCACACCAAACAGAUGACCAAAGUCUGAAAGAAGCUUUUAGCAAAUAUGGUGAAGUUAUUGAAGCAAGAGUAAUUGUGAAUCGAGAAACUGGUAGGUCCAGAGGAUUUGGCUUUGUCACUUACACUAGUACUGAGGAUGCUUCCAGUGCAGUACAGGCCUUGGAUGGACAGGUUCUCCAUGGCCGUCAAGUAAGAGUAAACUAUGCAGUGGAGAAACCUCCUCGUAACUUUGGAGGUGGAGGUUUUAAUAGCAGUUAUGAUGGUGGAGGCUAUGGUGGUGGUGGCUAUGGCGGUGGUAACUAUGGAGGUGCUAAUUAUGGAGGCGGCAGCUAUGGCAGAAAUGCUGGAAAUUAUAGAGGUAAUGUGGGAUCUGGUAACAGUGGUGCCAAUGAUAACUAUGGAGGCCAAGGAAGCUAUGGUGGUGAUAACUAUGGCACUGGCGAUGUUGGCUAUGGAAGAAAUUUUGGUCCAUCUAGUGCAAACAAUAAUGACAGUGGGAUUUUCAAUGUUGCUGGUGCUGGUGGCGGCAGUGAUAGUUUUGCCACUGCUGGUUCAGGUGGAUAUGGAGAUGACAAUAUGGGAUUUGGUGGUGGUGAUCAACCCGGUAGUGCUGAAGAUGGCUACAAAGAGGAAGCAGGAAUUCUUGACCAAAAUGAUCCACUGAAUGAUAACUUCCGGAAUGGGAAGGAUGAUAGCCAAAAGGGCAUUAAAUAAGUGUUUUCAGUUGUUUGAUGGACAACUUGCUUCUACCCUGCAUUAAUAGUAGAUUGUUAUUGUUUUAGUUUUUAGUCAUUUAUCAUCACUCUUCCUCUGAGCUAAUUUUAUUCGUCAUUUUUGACUCUGGUCUCUGUAAACCUUGAUACGUUUGAGUGUUUCUCAGAGAAAACUGAAUAUUCCUUGGAAAAUUAAUUCAAGUUACAGGCUGCUGCUUUAUUUCCCACCCCUCUGUCUCUCUCACCCGGUCAUGAAAAUUCGUAGUAUUUUAUUUUUGACAAUG